AUAUAUAAACUAAACUUAUUAAAACUCAUAAAAUACAAAAAAAGAAUUAAAAAAAAGUAAAUAAAUAUAUAUUUACAAAUAAAAAAUGGGGGCUAUGUAUAGAUAUAUAGCCCCCAUUUUGUAUACAAAUACUUAGAUACAUAGAAAACAUCCAUGACUCUGGAACAAAUACACAUACAACUAUAUGCCCUUACCGGGAUUCGAAGUUCGAAUUUCGAACCCAGGACCAUAGGCUUCAUAGGCAGGGUCAGGACUAUAAAUCCUAUCCACGAAAAUCGAAGUUCGUCAAUUGCGGGCAUUUUUCUCUGUCGCUCUAAUUACGUCUUAGUGAGAGUAAAAGAGAAAGAUCCCGGCAAUUUGCGAAUUUCGAUUUUCACGGUAGGCCCCCAGUACCCACUAGGCCAGACCGAUCGUCAAAACAAGCUAUACGAGUAAUUACACCAAUCGAGUGCAUUUACAUUAUCUUAAAUCCGUCAGUUGAUUUUUUAUCCUUGAAACCGCAAAAAGUGUACAACGUUAAUAUUCCACUUAGUAAAAGAUUUUUGUUAACUGUGUUUAAAUGUCCGAAAACUAUAAAGCUAAUUUAUUGAGGAGCUCUUGUUUUAUUGAAUCUGUUUUAAAUAAAUUGAUAUUCAUAUUAUAAAUACUCAAAGAUAUUGCCGACACUCAAAGCUCAGUGUGGAUGAAUACGAAUGUGUCUGAAGUAUUGCAUCUCAAACCCUAUAACUGAAUAAUUCAUUUGACAUCCCGUAUUCAAUGGAGAAAGGUAUCGAUAAAAAAAUCAGAAUGAGGCUUUUGUUGAGAAAUAAUAUGAAAACCGUAAUUCAAAAGCGUGUCUAAGUAGAAAGCAAUGUGCCAAAGAGAAUUUUCAAAAAUUGCAAAUGAAAUGUUCUUGGUAUUAUUGACGGCGCGUUUGUUGCCAAACCUUCUUAUAGUUUCGAUCUUUAUGAGUUUUAUGACCCUUGAAAUAGAUGCCAAUGAGUGACGUAAAUAUUAAUGGAAACAGUCGUCAACAGUUAUUCUUAACUGUUUUAAUAAAAUCGAACAUUUUAAUAAUAUUGCACAUAACUACAAUAGGAGGAAGUUUUGCGUCAUGCGACAUGCGCAGACGACUUAAAUUAAACUAAUAAUAAAGUUACUAACUUGGCAAUAACUUUAAUGAAAAUAGGUACUCUAGAGUUACAUAGGUUAAUAUUAAUAACCCUAAAAUAGGUUAAUACUAAUAAUAAUAACAUUAAUAACCCUCUACAUCACUGUUUUACUGGUUACUCGUACUUUGUGAUUGGUCCAUAUAUUCGAAGACUGAAAGGCGACGAUAUCGAUAUAAUAUUACGAGUAUGUAGUAUAAUUAUAAUAUUAAAAUAUCGAUUCGGACAAAGUGGCAAAAAGAUGUAUAGGUACACUACCAUAUAUUUUUUUUUUUUUUUUUUAAUAUCUCAAAACAAUGAAUACUGUCUUUGACUGUGUAGAUGAAAAUAUUGAGUACACAAGAUACGAAAAUACAAAUUUAUGGAGUAAUAAUAUUAGAAACAAAAAGAAAGAAAUAGAUAUAAUACAUUUGAACAUCAGAUCGCUAAGAAAACAGUAUGGCGAACUUGUAGUUUUGCUGACACAGUGCGAACAAAAAAUUGAUAUCAUAGUGCUUUCGGAAGUUAAUGUCAAGCAGGAAGAGUUAUCGUUUUUUAACAUAGCCGGAUACAAUUUGUUUUCGAAUACGAGAGAAAAAAAAGAGGGGGAGGAAUCUUGAUAUAUGCAAGGGAUAGCCUGGAUUUUACAGCUGAAAAAAUGGAUACUUUAGCAUCGGAGAUGUUAUACGGGAAACUGAAAACAGCUGACAAAACUACACAUGUCUUAUCAAUUUACAGAUCGCCCAAGACUAACAAAUUAAGAUUUGUGGAGGAAAUUAACUGCAUUCUAAAAAAAAUUCCACCUAUAGAUGAUGUUAUUGUAAUAGGGGAUAUGAAUUUAGACUUGUUAAGUGAUAACUUGAAUAUGAUUAUUUCAAAAUAUAAAACCAUGUUGUGUGGACACGGCCUCCAAAGUGCAAUACCAGACAGCGAGAUAACGCGCGAGUCGGUCGUAGAUGGAUCGCUACAGUCGUCGUGCAUCGAUCACGCGUGGGUGCGGAGGCGCAAUGCAAAGCGCGCCACUGCGCACAUGCUCACCUGCAAGCUAUCGGACCAUCACAUGAUAGGUAUACGACUAGACAUUUUUUGCGUCGAUGACACGAGACCAACAGAUGUGCGGUAUGUGUUGAGUAAUCAGCGAGUAAUAAACAAAUUAAAUCUUAUUGACUGGUCGGAGCUCUUGGCGAUUGAUUGUCCUUUAGUUUUAUACGAAAAAAUUUGCACUGUUUUUAGUAAAAUCUAUAACGAGUCAUUCAUAAAAAUUAAACCAACUAGUAAAAGGGAAAAUCAACCCUGGGUAAAUAAAAAGUUGGAAAAAAUGAUUAACCACAGGGAUGAGUUAUUUAGAAUCUGGAAACAUAAUCCUAAAAACAUGGGCCUUAGAUUGGACUACACGAGGUAUAGAAAUAAAGUAAAUAAAGUGAUAGAUUUUGCUAAAAACAAGUUUAGACAAAAUGAGAUACAAAAAUGUGAAGGGGAUUUCAGGAAAAUAUGGGGAAAUAUAAAUAAUUGGCUGGGUCGAACUACUGGUAAUGUUGAUAGUACAAUAAUGAAAUAUUUAGGAAAAACGGAUAAUUUGGAAAAUAUAUGUAAUAAGUUCUCGAAUACAUUUACGCAAGAAAUAUUGGAUAUAAAGCACACAUGUACCCAAAAGUUUUUGAGUAGAAAUUCUUAUGUUAUAAAAUGCGACGUUUCUUUUAGGUUUAGAAAGGUAUGUCCAAGUGAUGUUGAGAAAAUAAUCGAUAAAUUAAGUAACGGGAAAGCUCCAGGUAUUGAUGGCAUAAGGGUUCAAGAUAUAAAAUGUAUUAAAAAGGACUUCAGUAUAAUAUUGGCCAAAUUCGUAAAUUUAUGUUUAUCAAAAUGUUUAUAUCCAAACUUAUUGAAAAAGUCACUUAUUAGGCCUAUAUUCAAGCAAGGUAGUCACACAAAUUAUUCAAACUACAGGCCUAUUGCAAUCUUAUCAGUAAUCAAUAAGAUUGUUGAAAAGAUUGUAGUGGGACAGGUAAGUAAUUUUUUAGAAGGAAAUGACAUUUUAUCACCAUCGCAGCACGGGUUUAGGCGAGGGCGGAGCACCGCCACGGCCUUGACCCAGUUCUCUAAUUAUGUAAACAGCAGCCUAGGCGGCGGGCAGCAGGUCCUGGCGGUAUUUAUAGACUUCCGGAAGGCAUUCGACACCCUGGACCACGAACAGCUGCUGCAGGCUAUGGAUGAGUGCGGCAUACGUGGACCCACAAACCAGUGGUUUAGGGAAUACCUACACAAUAGGACCUUGCGUACUGUCGUCAAGGGGACGACCGGAGCCGAAGCCUGCGUCAGUCUUGGCGUGCCGACCGGCUCAGUUUACGGGCCCGUGGGUUACGUGAUGCAUGUGAACAGUGUGUCGAAUGUUGUCCAGCAUUGCAAGGUCUAUAUGUACGCGGACGACAUGUGCCUGGUGCUCGCCGGCGGGGAUCUGUCGGACAUGGUAACCAAGGUGCAGGACGAUUUUGAGAACAUUACCAAGUGGGCGCACGAUAAUGGAAUAAUAUUGAAUAUUAACAAAACUAAAUGUAUGAGAAUAUUUUCACCGUAUAAUAAAAAAGCAAAUCAAAUAACGUCGAAUGAUAUUAGUAUUAUAGGACACACGUAUGAAUGUCUUCAUUGGAAUAAAAAUAAUUGUACAUGUAGUAAAAUUGAGUUAGUUGACAGUUUUAGAUACCUAGGAUUAUUAAUUGAUACACAUUUCAACUGGAAAUUGCAUAUCAAUCAGGGAUCGGAACCGGUUUUUUGCAAAAACAUCGAAAUAACCAUAUAUUUCGGUUUAUUUUAUACUCUAAAUGUAGGACUCAGUUGUGUUUUCAGAUAACGACUUCGUAUUAUUAGAUUGCCUAAUUAGAAAUGAAGUAAUUAACAAAGAACGAAAAAAUACCGUUUUCGUUCCCAUACAGAAAAUACCGGUUUCCGAUCCCUGCUCGAGAUGAUGAU